GAGAAGUAAGAAGGAAAGAGAGGAGAUGGAGAGGGAAAGGAGGAAAGCUGACCGAGAGAUAGAGGAGGAGAAGGAGCGCAUAGCUAAGGAAAAAGAAGAGAGGAUUCGUCUGCUCCGGGAAGAGCUGAAAAGAGAAGAGGAGGAGGAGGAGGAGAAACUGAGGGGGGAGACUGAGGAAAGACUGAGGGCUUUACGGCAGCACCUCCUGUCUAGAAGGAGAGAGGAGGAGACCAGGCUGAACGAGGAGUCUGACAGAAUGUUGGAGGAGCUCAGAGAGUCUACGAAGAGGGAGAGGGAGCAGCAGCAACACAAACUCAGGGAAGAGAGUGAAGUCCUGUUAAAGGAGGUACGUGUCACUCUAGAGGAAGAGCAAACUGCAGCGCGGGAAAGACUGGAGGCCCAGAAGACACGGGACAUCGAGCGACUGAAGGCGGAGUUAGAAGAAGAGCUGGAGACAGAGAAGAAGAGGCUCCAGAGAGAGAGGAAGGAGAAACUGGACUCUCUGAAACAGGAGGUCAGAAGCACAGAGAGGAGGAGGGAGCUGAUGAUGAGUCCGCGGCCUGAGCUGCAACUGGCCGAGUACCACCGCGAGCUGACCGAUGUGCUCCAGGAAGUGCGAGAGGAAGUGCAGCGGGAUCACGAGAGGAAGCUGGAGCAGCUGAGGAACGACCACAGGAGAGAGAUGAACAGCAUAAGAGAGAAAUAUCUAGACGAGGAGACGGCUCAGAGGGAGCGCUUGCUGUCCACUCUGCAGGAGGACAGAGAGCGAUUGCAGGCCUCACAUGCUGUCCAGCUGGAGAAGCUCCGCUUACAGCUGGAUGCACAGAUACAAAAGACUGAGCUGGCACACUCACGCAAGGAGUCAGAGCUGCAGGAUUUGGGGGAUCAGCUGGAGCUGAGAGCCAAAGAGCUGAAGAGCCAGGAGGCCAUGCUGCAGACCAAGGCAGCAGAUCUGAAGAGGAGGAGGAAGCUGCUUGGACAAGAGGAGCAGGAAGUGGACCGACAGAUAGAGGCCUUACCUCGGCUGAUCCAGGAAAGAGACCGGCUGAGAGAGGAACUCGAGAGGAUGAGAGAAGAGACAGCCCAAGCCAGAGAACUCAUCAACAGAGCCAGGGAGGAGAGGAGUGAGGCCAAGGAGAAGGAGGAGAGGCUUAGGGAGGAGUUGGACCGAGCCAGGGAAGAGAGCAGGAGAGCCAGGGAGGACAAGGAGCACCUGGAGACCAAGGUGGCAUUGCUGCAGGAGAGAUGUGACCGCCUCAGCCACAGAGUCAGUGAGCUGGAACGAGGUGAAGGGGCGAGCACGUCCGCGGAACAAGAGCAGGACAGAAAGAAGGCGGCAGAGAAGACGCCGCCGCCCUCCAGUGACAGAAGAGACACAUCACUACAUGUAGAUGACCUGGAGGAGCCGCCUCUUUCCCCUGUACCUGACAGCAACAGCAGCAUGGAUGAAUUCCGGCGGUACAUCUCCUCACAUGGCGCUUCCAUCCAGAAGACCAAACUCUUCCUGGAGAGAGAGAGCAGCCGGCUGAUGAAGAGGCAGGCGGCCCUGCAGGCCCACCCCGCUCAGGGAAGAGCGACCGAAGAGACGAUGAUAAACCUUGAGCAGGAAGCCAACAGUGUGGCGGAGCUGGAGCGGACGGUUCAGAGAGGAAACAGUCUCCUGCGGAGGAAAGAGGAGCAGCUUCUGCAGCUAGAGAACUCUAUAGCCAAAGAGCCGCUGUUUGAGGAUUUGUCUCGGCUCGCCGGAGGAAGGAAGGUAACCUUUGAUGUGAGUGAGUCAGACCUCAGCAGCACCGUGGAACCGCCAUAUGGGACAGGUGAUAUUCCCACUGUUCCAGCCAAAGUCCAGGAAUUAGCAGAGUCACUGCAGCAGAUCUCAGGCCAGCUCAACACCGUCCUGGGUGCCUUGGGUUCGCUGACCCAGCAGCAGAGCACCACACCUUACGCAGCUUUCCCUCCACCUCUGUCUCAUCCUCACUCCACUCUAGCUCCUACCUCCUCCUCAUCAGCUCCUGUCAUUGCUCAGAUGUACAACCUGGGAACCAGCUCCUUAGCCUCGCCUCCUCCUCUGGAGAGGCCCUCAGAGCCACCGUGGAGCUGGGCGACUCAGAGCGGCCCUGCAGCCUCCCCACUCUUCAGCACGCCCAUCAGCAGUGAGCUGAGGGCAUCCAGGGACACCCUCAACAGCCGCUGGAGCCAGAUAUUCCCUGGAGCAGCUGUUGCCCCGCUCGGUUCCAGCACAACAAGACCCUCCACGGCUUACUCAUCAUACACUCCUCUGAAUGAACACAGCCGGGCGCUUCACUCCACACCGAGAUCAGCUGAGAUGGACGGCCAAAGGCUGCAGGGGCUGAUAGACGGCAACAAGAGGUGGCUGGAAAUGCGCAAGAAAGACACCAGCAUACCGCUGUUCACCCGCUAUCAGGCUCCCUCCUCAAAGAGCGGGCUGGUCCAGCUGGGCCUGGAUGACAACAAUCAGAUCAGAGUCUAUCAUUACUGACAACAUGAUGCACGGCCUCCCUCUACCGAGACCGUUACCGAGGACUUUGUAUUACUGACUGUGACACGUCUGCAUCGUGAUGUUUACAUUCCUUCUUCUUCUUUUAAAAUUAAAUAUGUCGGUUCAGAAAAUUUUCAGGGAUCGUUCAGCCUCCUCUGCUCUUCCCAGAGGAAGAGAUCACUCUAGAGGACAUGGCUGUUCAUUCAGGGAGGUUACAUAUCUGAGAGGGCUGAGGACUUUUAUCCUCCAACACUAGAAACUACUUUUAUUUUUUCAGGCAAACAAAUUCAGGGUUAGAGGUCCAUGCCAGAACUUAUCCACUCUGUGUUUUAAAGCUGUAGUUCACUUGUGUCGGGUUGGGUUUUCCUAAUAAGUAUAAGACAAUCACAGAGAAGUGUCCUGUGCGAUUUCUCUAUUGCUGAAACCUUUCCUUCCACAACACGGCCUGAUGGAGGUUAACCGUUUAUGUAAUGCACUUUUUAACAGAGACUGAAUUUCCUGUUGUUUUUGUAAAGACAGUGAAGCCAAUCCACUUUGAAAAAUGUUUAAUGUCCAGUCUCCUGGUGUUUGCAUAUCAGUAAUAGUGAGCUGUCGACUAGUUGUGCCUGUUACAUAUUUGUGUAAAUAUUGUAUUUUUCUAUGAAAUAUUUUAAUAAAACAUUUUUAAUGUG